AUGGAGCCAGCCACGGGGGGAACCGUGGAAUCGUGCUCGGGAGUGACUUCCGGGCCGGCGCUCCAAAAUGCCGGCGCCGGACGGAAGUGUCGCAAAGACGUAACCGUAAAGUUCCAUCUCAUGAAAUCACAAGUGGUGGCCCACGCCUACCCCAGCCACUACACAGUGGACGAGGUGCGCGAGCACAUUGCGUGCAAAUUUCAGGUGAAAUCGAAAUUCCUGCUACUACGCCAGGGCGGCGCGGAAGUGGCCGGGUACCGGCGGCUCGGGGACAUCUGCGUCAGCGAGUACAACGUGUGCGAUCUGGAACUGCUGCUGACGGAGGCGGCCCGCGACGAGCACGUGCAGCUCAACCUGAAGCUCUACUACAAGAACCUGACGCUUCCCGACAUCAUCACGGUGCGCAUUCCGGGCGAGGACGGCAAACCGAGCCGCGACGUGGUGGUCGAGAUCGAGAACCAGGUGAUCACGAAACCCUUCGUCGGUGGCUUCAUCAACCGGCAGACGAAGAUCGAGUACCACCAUGCGUUCAGCCAAACGGGCCCACCACCGGUCGGACGGCCGGGGGCCAAGUUUAGCCGCGACACGCAGACGGUUGCCGAGCGGCACACGACCACCGCAAUCCCGCGGGACCAAUCGGCCCAGCUCUGCCCGCUGGAGUUGGAAGAUGCGGCCAGCGGGCGGAAGGUACCGAGCGGGCCGUGUCUGGUGCCGCACCCGUACGAGUCGGCGCAGGAGCUCGAGCAGCGGACCGACACCGUCGGCAAGGUGCUACUGAUCCAGCGCAACUUCCGGCGGCUCCUGUGGCAGCGAUUGAUCCGCAAAAGUGCCGCCGAGUGGAGACAACUGCAGCAACGGCAGACCGAAAACGAGUCUUCGGCGCAGCAGUCGCGAACGUUGGCCCACAGCAAAACCUGCGUGGCCCGUGCCUUCCCGAAGUCGAAGGAAGAGUUCGAUGCACUGUUCGCACAGAUCCACUGCUGGAAGGAGAACGAGCUGAAGCUGAUCCGGGAGCGCUAUUCGGGGGCGCCCAAGAUCGCCGAGAUGAACAUCCUGCUGGACAAGGGAAUCCAGCUGCUGAACGGUGUCGAGCGGCAGCGGCGUGCCAUCCAGCGCGAGCAGUCCGACGCGGUGGUCGAGCGGCAGCUGGCCAAAAUCAGCGAACCGAAGCGAUGGGUCGGCUGUAACAACCGUGUAAUCGAGAUGGAAACACCCCAAACGCAGCGGGCACACUUUCUGGUGCUCUACUACCGCCGGCUGAAGGAGGCCCAGUCGGGCGGUACCGGUGCUGACCCGCAGGAACGGAUCGCCCUGCUGGACGAGCUAUCGGACGUGAUCGUCCAGGAGUGCCACCCGGCGACGGAAGAGCUAGAGAAUUUGCUGCAACGCGAACGCAAGCUGCUGCUGUGCCGCAUGGAGCCGGACGAUCUGGUGCUGCUGCGAAAGCGCCAGCUAACGCUGAUGGCGGAAAUCAUACGCUCCGAUCCGGCCAAGGCACGCGAGAAAUCCGUUACGAAGCUGUGCCGCAAGUGCAAGAAGCUACGACCGGCCAACGCGUUCACCGUGCACACCCGCCAGCGGACGGCUGAUGUGUGCGAAACCUGCACCUCGCUACUCGGUUCGACAGUGGACAUUGCCGUGUACCGGUCGAUUUUGCGAGCCGUUCGGCGCGACGAACGGAAGCGCGGUUCGCUCGCUUCGUACGCGUUCAUCAUCCAGGAAAAUGACAUCAAGCACAUAGUCGAGCGCAUCUGGCACGGCCACUCGGUCAUCUCGAACGACGCCGACCGGUCCGAUCUGAUGCUGCCGCGCUGGAACGUGUCCCAGGAUUGGGCACCGUGGAACUGCGUCUGUCUGACGGAGCAGGAGACACGGGCCCAUCUGAAGCUGCAGCGCCUCGACCGGCACUACCAGCCGAGCGUGAUGAAGGAGAUCCAGAGCAAGCACGCGCUCGCUCGUUCCAUAUUCAAUCAGCUACGGGAAAUCGACCAGGAGUUCACCGAAUCCGGCGACUGGUGGGCCGUCGGUCUGGAUGGCAAACUGGUGUAG